AUGAAGCCUGACCUGAAACUCCCUUCUUUUAUUUUCUUAUUCAUUGGACUUUCUUUCCCCGUGGAACACUGUCCACCUAACUGCAACUGCGACUGGAGAAUCAACAGUGUGUCGUGUACUGGAGUUGAAGUUGUGCCUGUUUUCCAUUGCUCCGUACAGGAGGUGUGGUUUGUGAGGACAAAGCUUGCUUCUAUUCGUCAACACACGUUUGCCAAUUUGCCCAACAUUUCCCACAUAUACAUCUCUGAUGAUAUUGCCUUAAGAUCGCUUGAGAGGCAUUCUUUUUACAACUUGUCCAGAGUCAUGCACAUAGAGCUACAUAGCAUCAAAACCCUGACAUACAUUGACCAACAGGCAUUUAAAGAACUUCCAAACUUAAAAUAUCUUGGGAUCACCAACACGGGCCUAACCUCAUUUCCUGUUCUACAAUACAUUCAGUCCAGACAGGAGGAUUUUAUUUUGGAAAUAGUGGAAAAUGUCUUCAUACGACUUAUCCCUGCCAAUUCUUUCACUGGAGUAUCUGAGAAUGCUUUGACCAUCGUGCUGAACGGCAAUGGUUUGACAGAGAUCAAGGACUUUGCUUUUAAUGGUACCCAGCUGGAAGAAGUAUACCUUCACAGAAAUAUGGAUUUGGAACAUAUCGCCGAAUUAGCAUUUUAUGGGGUGAUUCAUGGACCAACUCACUUAGACCUUUCAGAAACCAAAGUAAACUCUUUGCCUUCAAUAGGCAUGAGCAACAUUGAGAAGCUUCAAGUUAGUAAAACAUGGGAACUCAAAGCUCUGCCUCCGUUGAGUGCCUUUCUUCAUUUGCAGAGUGCUCACAUGACCUUUCCAAGCCACUGCUGUGGUCUUAAAAUGCUUAAAAGAUGGAGAAGAGAGGCAAUUUUCUGCAACCUAACCAGGGCAGCUCUUGCAAAGCUACAGAAGUCCUCUCCGGAUUUCUCGGAUAAGCCUCUGGGAAACGGUCUCUUCUAUCAACUGAAAGACAACUCUGUGGCCCCAACUGCUGGAAGCGCAUAUCAUGAUCUGAACAACCUCAGCAGCGGGUGUUCAGAGAAACAGGCUCAAGAUGAGGGCUUGUUUCUUGUGGAUUUAUCCUCAGAGCAGUUUGGAGAAGAGUUUGACUUUGCUCUGUGUAAUGAUCUCUACAAAGACAACGGACCCAUGUGCACACCUCUGCCUGACGCCCUGAACCCCUGUGAGGAUGUGAUGAGUCAAGGCUUCCUACGGGUGUUGGUCUGGGUGGUCAGUUUGUUAGCCAUUUCAGCAAACUCCUUUGUGUUGCUCGUCCUAUUGACAUCCAAUCAGAAGCUGUCUGUCACCCGUUUCCUUUUGGGUCACCUGGCUUUUGCCGACGGCUGUAUGGGGAUGUAUUUAUUGUUGAUCGCACUGGUUGAUUUCUACACACACUCUCAUUAUUACCAUUACGCUAUUUCCUGGCAAACGGGAAGUGGCUGCAACCUGGCAGGGGUUUUAUCAGUGUUUGCCAGUGAGUUAUCUGUGUACACAUUGACUUCAAUCAGCUUUCAGCGCUGGCACGCAAUCUUCAAUGCCAUGAGGCCGGAUAGACAAAUGAGGCUUCGGCACACAGCUGUGCUGAUGCUGAUUGGGUGGUUACUUUGUGGGACCAUUGCCUUUUUGCCAGUGCUUGGGGUGAACACUUACCAGAGAGUGAGCAUUUGUUUGCCUAUGGACACUGAGACAGCUGUUGCUCAGUUUUAUAUUGUUUCUGUUCUGACUAUAAAUGUUCUGGCUUUCAUAGUAGUCUGCCUAUGUUACCUGCACAUCUACUAUAUGGUCCACAAUCCCCAGCAUGAUUCCAGCAGGUGUGACACCAACAUGGCCAAACGCAUGGCUGUUCUUAUUUUUACCAACUUUCUGUGCCUGGCUCCUGUUUGUUUCUAUGGUUUGUCUGCAGUGCUCCACCAGCCACUGAUGACAAUAACCGAUUCUAAGGUUCUGCUCGUGCUCUUCUAUCCGCUGAACUCUUGUGCUCACCCCUUUUUUUAUGCCAUCCUGACUAAGGCAUUUCACAGAGAUAUCCUGUUGCUGUUCAGCCGGAUGGGACUGUGCCAGAGGCAAGCAUACCUCUCUCGAAGCCAUUUUCUCAGCAUCACUCCACACAUUUACAGAGAGACGUUGCCUGGCCGCACAGUCAGGCAACAACAUCCAAAAGCAUGAGUCAC